UUUAAAGCCUCCUCUGGGAGAUGGAGGCAUAUUGUAAGGGGAAACGGAGGGCAGAGGUUGGGGAGGUGUGCUCUGGAGGCUGGAGUUGGCAACUGAGGGGAGAGAGAGGAUGGACAAGCCACCACUCCGGAUCCUGGUCUUGGGUCCAAAUGAAUCUGGGAAAGCGACGCUCAUUGGCCACCUUCUCUACAAAUGUGGGCACCUUAGUCCAGAAAUGAUGACGAUACUCCGGAAACAGAAAGAGGAGGAAGCCAAGACAUGCAGGCAGUUGCUGGAGAGCCUCCGAAGCACCGAGGAUACUGAUCCCGCUCCCAGGAGGCGCCACUACCGCACUCCCAAGUUUGAGGUCACCAUUGCCGACACCCCAAGCCGGGGAGGGAUAGCUGGUGGCAGCUUCUUCCCCGGUGGGGAACGGGUUGACUGUGUGCUGCUGCUAGUCUCUGCAGGGGAAGAAGAGUUUGAAACGGAUCGGCACCUUAUCCAGAAGCAGCUCCACUUGGCUUGCAAGCUUCAGGUGAAGCAGAUUGUGGUGUGUGUGAACAAGAUGGACUCCACGCUGGUGCCUUACAACCGCUACCGCUAUGAAGACAUCAUUGGGAAAAUGUGGGACAUGCUCCAGGCUUUGAAGAAGGAUCCGGCCACUGUGGCUGUUCUCCCCAUCUCUGCCCUAUAUGGAGACAACCUGAAGGAACCCAGUGUUGCGAUGCUCUGGUUCAAGAGGUGGGAGAUCAUGAGGCAGGCAGGAAGAGCUGUCAUGGGUGCCACUCUGGAGCAGCUCCUGGAUUCCAUCCCGACUUGUGAGCCUAGGCGGGACCCCAUGUAUACGCAUUCAGGAUGGACCAAGAAGGAAGAGAAGGCCCUCUUGUCAGCGUGGAAGAGCCUUGCCCCUCAGCCAUCAGGUGACCUCCCCAGUCCUUCCAAGGUGUCUGCAGCCCUCAGGCAGGCAGGAGUCUGGCGCUCCACAGAGCAGUGUCGCUGCAAGAUCGAUAUCCUGCGGAGACACUACAUGGCCAUUAUCCUGCGGGGAGGAAUAGGCAGCUGCCCUUUCUACCGGGAGUUGCAUGACAUCAUGCAGUAUGAUGCUUCUGCUGCUGCCUUUGAGUUGAGGCACUUCAAGCGGAAACCGUGGCCAAGAUCAGGCGGCACCCCCGAGCCUGACCUAGAUUGGGCUGGCAGCCUGGCGACUCCGGAGGAGGAGGAAGUGGAAGGAGAGGAGGCCAUCCCAGGGCCUUCUGGUCAAGGAGAGCUGCUUGUCCUUGAGGAGGAGGAGGAAGAAGAACAGCUUGCCAUUCCAGGGCCUUCUGGUCAAGGAGAGGCUGCCCUCCCAGAAGAGGAAGAGCUUGCCAUUCCAGGGCCUUCUGGUCAAGGAGAGGCUGCCCUCCCAGAAGAGGAAGAGCUUGCCAUUCCAGGGCCUUCUGGUCAAGGAGAGGCUGCCCUCCCAGAAGAGGAAGAGCUUGCCAUUCCAGGGCCUUCUGGUCAAGGAGAGGCUGCCCUCCCAGAAGAGGAAGAGCUUGCCAUUCCAGGGCCUUCUGGUCAAGGAGAGGCUGCCCUCCCAGAGGAGGAAGGAGAGGGCGGAGUGGCUGUCCUCCCGGAGGAGGAAGGAGCCCUCCCAGAACCACCCGAGCAUCGUGAGGACUUGGCAGGCCAGGGCCAUGACUCUGAGAGUACCGAGAGCGCCUCUGAGUCAAGCCCACUGGAUUCCCUGGACCUCUCCGCCUGGCCCAGGGGCCUGGGGCCCUUGAGCAAUUCAGGACACCACCUGCACCUGGGCCCCUCGAGCAGCUCGGGACACAACUCGCCUCUCUCUGGGCUGAAAAGGAGGCAGCGCUGGCGGGACUCUCCAUCCCCUCUCGGCCCCCCAGUGGUUGGGAGAGGGGAGGCAGAAGGAGCCGGAGGGAGAACUCUGCUAGAGGGUGGGAAGCAAUUGGUAGUGGGGAAGGCAACCUGUAUCGGGGCCACUCCAAACCAGCCUCCGCUGGCCCUGAGCCCCUGGGCGUACCUAAAUAGCCCCUCCCAGCCACAACCUCCCCCCUCUGCACCCCCUCUGCGCCUCCCCUCUCAGUCUGGUUUUUCACCACUCUGCCUCCCAUACGCCCUUCCUGCAGCCCAGUUCCAACAACAGCUGUCCUACCCUUCGCUGCCUUCCUCCUAUCAGCUGCAGCCACUUUGGGGGGCUUCCUGGCCCCCUCCCUCAGCCUCCACACCUUCCCCUUUCCAGUCUGUCCCCGCUUCCGCUCCCUUCCAGAGCUCCCGCGGGCAGUCUCUGCCUCCUAGCCCCCAUUACCUCCCUCCCUACGCUACGGUGCAAUUCUCUGCUGCCUGGCAGGCCCAAGCGGACUUGCAGCCCGUUCCCUCCUCUGAUGGUCCCUUUUAUGUUCUGCCGGGGUCGGAGGGACACCUUGCCUUUCCCCCGCCACCCUGUGCUCAAGCCCCCCCGGGGCCUCUGGGCCCACUGCCCAACACCCACCAGCCCCUUCCUCCUGCCCAGCCCACCUGGCCCUGGCCCACUUCCUUCCAGCUGCCUGAUGCCGCUGGUGGUGCUUGGGCCCCUGGGGGCAACGGGCCUUCCCUCCAGACCCCGUCCCAGCCAAGCUGGCCCCUGCCAUCAGGGUUUGCCCAGCCGGAGGGCCCUUUCCACUCUCCCCCUUUCAUGGUGCCCUCCUUGUCUCCUCUCUCACCCUCCCCGGAGCCCGACGGGGCCAGUGCGCAGGCUCCUCCUCCAGCUGCUGCUGUUGCUGCGCCCGAUCCCUCCGAUCCCUCCUUGCCCUCCAGCCAGGCUGCUGUGGGGCCCUUGCAGUGGGUCCCAAUGCCCCGGCCCAGCAGCCUCCCCCCUCCGACUUCCCAGGCCCUCCAGCAGGGGCCAGAGAGUCCUCCCCCACGUUCCCCUUUCACGCUACCCCUCCUGUCCCCUCUCCCACCCUCGCCAGGGCCUGAGAAGACCAGUGUUCAGGCUCCUCCGGGCAACAGGCCGGCCCGCCAGCAUCCUCCGCCUGCUGCUGCUGCUGCUGCUGCGGCGGCGGCGGCGGGAGCUUCCUUCACACCCUCCAGCCAGGCUGCCCUGGUGCCCUUGCAGUGGGCCCCCCCUGCACCUGCCUCCCAGCCCCUUCAGUCCUGGCCAGAGAGUCUUCCCCCAUCCUCUCCUUUCACACUGCCCCUCCUGUCUCCUCUUUCGCCCAUCCGGGUGCCCAACAGGGCCGGCAAUCAGGCCAGCGGGCCUUCCCCCCAGGCCCCACCGUCGGUUGCCUCCUCCUUGCCCUCUGACCGGGCAGCCCAGCCUCUCCCGGGGGGUUCAGCGCCUGCGUCCCAACCCAGGAGCCCCCGGCCAACAGCAGCGCAGCCACCCCAGUCACCGCCACAGCACCCUUUCCAAUCUCCUGCUGCCAUGCUGCCACCGAUAUCUACUCUUCCACCCUUUUCGAGGCUGCCUGGUGCUCCUCCGGGCAGCAGGCCUUCCCUCCAGCUGCCCCCGGCACCUUCCGUCUGGCCCUCUGACCCUGCAGUGCUGCCUCUGCAGGUGAUCUCAUCCCCCGCGUCCCCCCUGAGCAACCUGCCUUCCCUGCAGCCCCCACUGGCCACUUCCAUGUGGCCUGGUGAUGCGGCAGCCCUGCCUCUGCAGCAGACGUCAGGGCCCACCUCCCUCCCUGGCAACCCUCCACUGGCUGCACCCCGCCUGCCUUGGUCCCUGCCACAGAGCCCUUUCACGCUUCCGUCCCCGUCCCCCCCCUCAUUUUCCUCAUCUUCCUCUCCCUAAGCACAGGCUUGACUGGCUGGCCCAGGCCCCCAGAGGCAGCUGCCCCUCCCCAACUCCUCUAGGGAGUCCACCCGAAUGGGAUCCCUUCACUCUGCUCUCUGGUUGGGCCUCCGAGUAAAGGUCUCCUCCACCACCCCCUUGCCUACUUGCUGCUUCAUGGCUGGCUGGUAGUUUGUGGGGCAGGUCCCCAUGGCUCUUCCCUCCACGCCCUUGGCCUCGAUGGGUCCAUGUGAGAUGAUGGGAAGUCGUAACCUGAGGGCCUUUCAAUAUGAAGCGGCCCUCCUUGAGGCAAUGUUCUCGCUUUUUAAUCUUUUGUAAUAAUAAACACAUUUUUCCUAA